AUGCGAGGGUAUACAAAGAUGGAAGACGUUGAUAGAGCAACAUCAAGACUAUGGAGAGCAUAUAAAACGGUUAAAGAGAUGGUGAGUGACCGAGGAUAUUAUAUUCCACAAGAAGAGAUCGAAAUACCUCUCGAUCAAUUCAGAGAGAAGUUCUGCGAUUCGAUGGGGAUGCCACAACGGAAGUUGAUGUCAUUUCAAGCCACGCCUAGACAAGAAGCACUAGAGAAAUAUGGCGAUUUGGGACCACUUUGGGUUGAAUUCUGUGACGAGCCUUCAGUUGGUAUUCAAACUAUGAAGAACUUUUGCGCUCAUAUAGCUGAUAAGAACUUCUCUACUGGAGUCUUCAUCUACCAGCAGAAUCUAACACCUUCCGCAACCAAAGCAAUUGCCGUUGCAGAGCCGGCGACAAUUGAAAUCUUCCAGGAAUCGGACAUCAUAGUGAACAUUACGCAUCACGAGUUAGUUCCAAAGCACAUUAGAUUGAGUAAUGAGGAGAAAAAGGACCUAUUAAAGAGAUAUAAAUUAAAGGAGUCACAGCUUCCACGAAUCCAGAGCCAGGACCCGGUGGCAAUGUACCUUGGAUUAAAGAGGGGCCAGGUGGUGAAGAUUGUGAGACGAAGUGAGACUGCCGGUAGAUAUGCAUCAUAUAGGAUAUGCUUGUAG